AUGGCGUUUACAUCGUCUUCCGGCCCUCCACUGUAUACAUGGAUUCCUCUACAAAUACUGCCCUCACUAAACCUUCUUCUUCAUCCUGCCCUUCCUCUCCUCUCCCAUUUCUACUCCAAACCCACAUAUCCAGAUCACCAUCAACUUCAUCUAGACAUGGCCAAGCAAAAUAUUGUCGUGAAGGUGUCCAUGAACAACGACAAGAAAACUCGUAAGGCUCUCAAGAUCGUGGUUGGUGUCUCCGGGGUGGAAUCAGUGGCUUUGUUUGGUUCAGAUAAAGAUCAAAUCAAGGUCACGGGUGAAGGAAUUGACUCGGUCGAACUGGCGAUGCUGCUAAGGAAAGGUGUAGGAUGCACAGAGCUGGUGAGUGUUGGUCAGGUGGAGGAGAAGAAACCCGCUACCACCACCACCACUGCUGCUGCCGCCAGUCAAACUCCAGCUACGGUGGUGCCGCUGCAAGUUUAUCCUCACCAUUAUAGCUGCUAUGGAGGGCCGUACUACCAUUUCUAA